CUAUCGUCAUGGCUGCUACUAUUAUCAUGGAAGGGUAUGAUAACAUUUUGACUGGUUCCUUCUAUGCUUAUCCUGAAUUCAAAAAGACGUUUGGUGUUCCCACAGUCGACGAUGAUGGCAAUACCACUUAUGAAAUCAGUACCAAAUGGCAAAGUGCCUUGGGUUCUUCUUCGUCUGUUGGUACAAUCCUUGGUGUUUUCUUUAACGGGUACUUGGCUGAACGGUUUGGUCACAGAAUGGUUAUUAACGUUAGUUUGAUAUUCAUGGCUGCAUUCAUCUUUAUUGUCUUCUUUGCUAGGUCCAUCGAGGUCCUUGUUGUUGGUCAAGUCUUGUGUGGUAUUCCUUGGGGUAUCUUUGCCACCAUUGGUAUUUCUUAUGCUUCAGAAAUCACCCCGCUUGUAUUGAGAGGAUACCUUACAGCAAUUAUCAACUUGUAUUGGGCUACUGGUCAGUUCAUUGCUGCUGGGGUUUUACAAGGAUUGGUUGGUCUUGAUAGUAAAUGGUCAUACAAGAUCCCUUAUGCGUUGCAAUGGAUGUGGGUUGUUCCUUUGUUUGUCUUGACUUAUUUUGCUCCUGAUUCACCUUGGUACUUAAUCAGAAAAGGGAGAAUUUCUGAUGCUGAACAUGCUAUAAAACGAUUAGGUUCCAAGCGUAUUGCUCACAAAGCAAAAGACUCGUUAGCAUUGAUGAUUAGAACUAAUGAAAUUGAAGUCCAACAAGAUAGAAAGAACAGAGAAGAGUUGGGCGGAUGGAAAGGGUACAUUGAGUGUUUUAGAGGCACAAACUUGAGAAGAACAGAAAUCAUGUGUAUUUCAUUUGCUGGUCAAGUUCUCUCUGGGUCAACUUUUGCCUACUCACCCAGUUAUUUCUUCUCUCAAGCUGGUUUAAACUCGGAUCAAGUCUAUAAGUUGAAUCUUGGUACUACUGGUAUUGCCUUUAGUGGGACAGUCUGUUCGUGGUUCUUAUUGAACAAAUUUGGUAGAAGAACAAUUUACGUCACGGGUUAUUUCUUCUUGGUGUUGUUCUUGUUCCUCAUUGGUGUGUUGGCCAAACCGGCUGAAACUAAUGGUGCUGUUAAAUGGGCACAGGCGGCACUUACCAUGUUAUGGGUGAGUACAUACGCAUUGACUAUUGGUCCUUUAGCAUUCACCAUCACGGCCGAAACGUCAGCCACCAGAAUCAGAUCCCAAUCGGUGUGUUUGGCAAGAAAUGCAUAUAAUUUGGUGUCGUUAAUAUCUCAAAUUGUCGAACCAUACCUUAUUAACCCAGGUUCAGCUAACUUAAAGGGGUUGACUGCAUUUGUAUGGUUUGCCACCGCAUUCCCUACUUUGAUCUGGUCAUUUUUCAGAUUGCCUGAAACUAAGGACCGGACAUACGCUGAACUUGAUAUUUUAUUCGAAAGACGAGUCCCUGCCAGAGAGUUUGCCGCUUAUCAAAUCGAUGUGGCUGAUAUUGUCCAAGAAACCGUUUCUGAAGUGCCAGUCACUGAGAAACAAUAGAUGUUUAAUUCUUAUGUGUUUAUUUUCUGUACUUAAUCUAUACGAUGUUCAAUUGACUGUUUUUGUAGAAUCUCCGAGUCUAAAUGGAGGAAAUUCGUAGCCAUGAUCAAAUCUGCCAAAAGGACACAGAUACUGUUGAUGAAAAAUCCAAUGUAUAACUUGUUAUGGGCUGCUAAUUUCCCUGUGAAUAUUGGGCCGAUGCAUCUGGCAAAUGUCUUUCCGAUGUUGACUAUCCCCAUGACCUUGGUGAUUUCCUCUUUAGGCAUGAUGGAAGUUAAUAAUACUUGACGAGGAACAACGUCCAUGGUAGUUGUCGUGUAGUACAACAUCAAUAACCCAGCAACAGGUAAAUAAGUAUUGAAAAUUGGCACCAUGCCAAAGAAAAUCGCUGAAGGAACUUGCGUAAACAAAAUGGCCUUGACAGGACCUAACAACUUGGCAAGGUAUGCGGAAGGCAAGGAUGAAAUGGCAUUGAUGGAAUUGGUAAAGAAGAAUAACGUUCCUAAUGCACUGGCACUUAGGAGCAAUGUUAUCUUUAAGUAAUAAACCACCCAGGCCGAUGGCAUGAAUCCAUACCCUAACGAAUCAAGCAUGAAAAUUGCUAAUAAACGAGGUAAGUAAUAACGAGUAGUGUUGGACAAUCCUGACUUAAUAGAGCUGAUCUCUUCGUCUGGAGUAGCAUCUACUAAUAAUGGUGACUCUUCAUCGCUAUCUUUGUCUUGCUCUUCAAUGAAAUUAUCAACGUAAACUUCGCACUUGUUACUUAAAAACAACAUCAAUGUCAACUUGAUCAAGGAGAACCCAGCAUACAACACGAAAAUAUAUCUGUAACACUGUUCCAUCUCAUAUCCCCACGCUUGGUUCAUAUAAUCCACCAAAACCCCACAAACCAACGAUCCCAAGGCCGCACCCGCGGUAGCAAACAACCCAUGGAACGCAAAAAUCUCUGGGCGGUGAUUAUGCGGCGUCAAAUGCGCAAUAGACGCUUCCUCUACUGACUUGAACGGCCCUGUCUCAUCUCCUGAGGGCGAAAUGACCCCAACAAUAGCUGCAGCUAAUAACACAUAAAAGUCUGAGCUUAUAGCAAACGUGAUCCCCGAACCAAACAUCAUCACGGUUCCAAUAAUCAUCACUACUCUCCUCCCAAUCUUGUCUGCAUUCCAUGUAAGAUAAUAUGAGAUGAGUGUGUCUCCAAUUAACGUCAACGUCAUGAAUAUCCCGAUUCGCUCUUCAGAUAUAUCAAUGGCUUUUAAAUAAAGUGUGAGCACUUGGUUAGUGAGACCAUAACUGGCCAUACGGAAGAACACCGAACUCCAUAGGAGUCGUAUAUCCAGAUUAGACUGUCUGAGUGAUUUAAGUAGAUGCAUAUUGUUGAUAACGUUGUUCUGGGGUAUAAAAGGUUGGAAGUGGGGGAGAGGGGGAGGUGGAGGAUCGGCUUGUUCUUUUAUAGAAUUAUUCGCUCCUGCAUACAGCGCAGGAAAAACAGUGCUAAAAAAAAUAAAAAUAAAAAAGAAACGCGACAAUUACGCAAAUUGACGUAUUUUGCGAUGACUUUAAAAAUAGCACCAAGUUAUAAUGACCAGGUAGUGAAAUUAAUCCACAAAAAUAAUUGGUGAAAUAACCAAAAAAGAAGAACCCACGCCGGGAGUCGAACCCGGAAUCUUUUGAUUAGAAGUCAAACGCGUUAACCAUUACGCUACGCAGGCGCUU